CUUUAAUGGUCUUUAAAAAAGAAACAUAUUUAGAUAUAAUAUUUUUAACAAAUCCAAUAAAGAGGAACUAAUUAUAAAAUUUAUUGUUGUUUAUCAGGAUAUUAUAGGGUCAACUACGAUGCUAAGAAUUGGCAAAAAAUUUCGGAUUACCUAGACUCUGAAAACUAUACAAAAAUACAUGCUCUUAGUCGUGCCCAAAUUAUCGAUGACGCGUUUCAUUUAAUGAUAACACGCCAACUUGAUACCUCCAUAUUCUGGAAUCUCACGAAUUAUCUAUCGCGAGAAACAGAUUAUGUGGCAUGGUAUCCUAUGUUUAAAGCUCUGGAAUACAUGUCGAGUGUUAUUCCACUGUCUGAUAAAAAAGUUGAUAUUAUCAAGACAAAAAUGCAAAAAAUAUUAAAGGAAUUGUAUCUAAAAACCACCAAAAAUGUUCCGAAAGACGAUCUUGGAAUAUGUUUAAAAGAAGAGGCUGCAAAAUGGGCGUAUUUUUUCAAUGAUCCGUUAUACAAAAAAGAUGCCAGCAAGAGAACGAAAGAUUUUUUUCAUCAUCAUCCUGUCUUUCACUAUAGACUUGUCCCACAGUGGGACGAAUGGACGCACUGUAGAGGUUUGGCCACAGACGUCACUUGGAUGGAGAUGUAUGAGCUCUGUGAACAAACAGCUGAUGUUAAAAUUUUAAAAUUCUUGGCAUGCUCUGACAAUCCUUAUAAUAUCAGGAACUUGUUAGUUCUAAUAAAUAAAUUCCGAUCGUUUAUUCAUCCGGAAGAUCAUAUUUCAAAAAUUAUACUUAUUGAAAGUUAUCUUUUUACUAUUGAGAGACAUGCAAACAACAAUGAUACACUUGAAUAUAUAUUAGACCAUUUUGAUACAUCAAAACCUAGAGAACUCAGCGCAAUUAUACCAUUAACUGUUAUUAUUAAUCAUGUAUAUUCUCAGCAAAAACUUAACAAGAUAAUUUUCUUUUUUAAUGAUAAUGCAUAUAAAGCAAAAGUUUUUGAUCCAUCUGCACAUAUGGACGAAGUAACCUAUCUAGAAGCAGAGAUAGGCGAUAUGUGGUAUAACAUUGGAAAACACGCUUCGCUAUUUACAAGCAAGAUAAAAAUACGUGAAAACGAAAUACAAAUUCAGAAAGAUAAUCUUCAGAGAUUUGGACCAAAAAAAAAGUAAAAAGGAAAAGUAGGUAUCAUACAUAUACAUAUUUGUGUUACA